AUGCCUCCAAAACGAUCAAGCUUUGGAGACCAAAGCUCCAUUGCUAACCAGAGUCGAGCGGUCUGCUUGAUCAUCAAUGAAGAAAACGCAAAGACAUCGUUUCCAAGUGAGGCGCUGAAUAUGCUCCAGAGAAUGGGAAAGCGAAUUGGUGUUAGCUCCUGGAUGCUGAUGGUACCACUAACGUCUUGUGCUUCAUACUUUCUGGGACCAAACUCUCGUGUUGAGGUUGAGGGAUUGGAAUGGAAGAGUAAUCUCAUUCACUGGGGGUUUUGUGUCGGCCCUAGCGGUUUUGGCAAGUUCCAGGCGUACCACAAAAUCAGCACUAACAUUGAUGUGGUGGAGCGCCUCAUCAACGACGAGAUUAUGGAACAUGUAUUGAAGAGCGUCGAUCGCGAGGUAUACAGAGAAGGAUCUGCUGAGCUCGAAAAGCUCCUGUCUGAAAUCAGCUUUCUGAAAGUGAAGUGCGACGGGGCGGUCAAUUUCGAAAGACUGUUCCAGAUGCUCCUCAAGGCUCGAGAUCAUUCAGGGAUGCUUCUCUUCGAAGAGGCUCACCAGUUCUUCGAGAUGUUGGAUGCGUACAAGAAGGGGAACAACGACAGGGUUCGAGCCUUGCAACUUAAAGGGGGAAGCAGCUGGACGCGAGAGCUGGUCAAUGACAACAAUGAGAGCAAAACCUGCGAGUAUACACACGUGUGCAUUGGCAGGUUCACGCAGCCGGAGCCUCUCCAGAGGGAGCUGAGCAAGACUCCGAAUGAUGGAUUGAUGAACCGCUACCAAAUGGCUUUCCCCCCCCCGGAGUUCCCCGACUUCAGCCAGUUGUGCAUCGGUGAAGAAGAGCAGCAAAUCAUCGAUCAGGACAACGACCUCAUGCAGAAGCUGAUGUACCGGCUUUACUGGUUGACGCAUAGUCUGGACGACGACAAGGAUGUCACGAUCUUCAAGCUGGCAGGGAGUGCCCGUGACGUUUUUGGCCAGGGCUUUGACAGCAUCCAGAAAGUGCUGCGUGAGCUGUACCUCAAGGACCUCCUCCAUAAAGCAGGGAUCAUCUCAAAGGCCAAGGGCGAGGUGCUCCAAAUCUCAGCUAUCUUCAGAGCAAUGAACCUCGUUCUGGAUCCGUCUUACCCGGCUCUGCUCGAUCAUCCUGAGGCUUUCUUGAUCACCGACGAAGACGUGCGGCAGGCUUGGAACUUUGUCAACCUGACCACGAGGCAACGGAUUGAGUUUGAGAACGACCAGGACGUGAUCAAGGUGUGCAGUAAGGUCCUUGGCUGGAAGCAGCUCGGUUACCCUGACGAGGAUGCGAACGAAGACGAUGACGAGGAUCUCGAAGAAGAAGAUGACGUUGCCAACGAGUUGACCCCCCUGGACCAGAAGGCAAGGCGACUCUUUCGGGCCUUCCCUGACGAGACCAUCGGAAGAAUCGAGGUCUCCAAGAAGAGGACGCAGGGCAACAAUGCACAGAUCAAGAGUGUGUUUGACUACAUCUCGUCGCAUGACGACGAUUCUGUGCACUGCUUCGGGUCCGUCAAGGAGAUGGUCAAGCUGUCGUCGAGCAAACAAAAACAAGAGGUCUUCAUCAAGAUGAUUCCGAAGACCGAGGACGAGAACAUCAUGCUGAUCAACAACCUGAACCGGAUCGGCAUGACUCUGGACACGUUCCUUCCGGCGCGCUCCCGCAAGCGCGCGUAA